AUACAGACUGCGUCUACAAACAUUUGUGAAAGACUGUGCAAUAAGUCCAUCUGUGAAAUGUGCUUGCUACUAAAUAUUCCAUGGUCAACUGUUAGUGGUAAUAAAACAAAGUGGAAGCAACUGGGAACAACAGCAACUCAGCAACAAGGUGGUAGGCCACAUAAAAUGACAGAGUGGGGUGAGCGCAUGCUGAAGUGCCCAGUGCGCAGAAGUCACCAACUAUCUGCAGAGUCAAUAGCUAAAGACCUCCAAACUUUGUGUGGCCUUCAGAUUAGCACACCAACAGUGCAUACAGAGCUUCAUGGAAUGGGUUUCCAUUGCCAAGCAGCCGCAUCCAAGCCUUACAUCACCAAGUGCAAUGCAAAUCAUCAGAUUCAGUGGUGUAAAGCAUGCCACCGCUGGAUUCUA